AAUUUGUGAGCAUGUGUACUAGUAGCCUGUUAGUUUGAAGUCGACCUAUUAAUGAUAGCUUAAUGGUUCUGUUGCACAGAAUGAGGUGCUCUUUUUUGCUUUCUUUAUGGGUUGGGUAAUUAAUGACGAGUGUGUCCAGGCACUGUGACACUCACCUGCCGGUCAUUGGUUUCUGGCUGGGGAGGGUAGGCGGGGAGUGAACAUGUCCACAGCUAUCUGAAGAUAAUCCUAUGCAGCAGACCUCCACACUAUUCCUGAGAUUAAUCACAAGGAUGAAGAUCGAUAUUCAUAAUCAUAUUUUACCAAAGGACUGGCCCGACUUGAAGCAGAGGUAUGGAUAUGAUGGGUUUGUCCAGCUUCACCAUCACUGCAAGGGUGAAGCAGACAUGAUGAAGGAUGGGAAGCUGUUCCGCGUGAUACAAGAGAACUGCUGGGAUGCAGACGCGCGCAUACGGGACAUGGAUCAGCACGGUGUCACCGUCCAGGCCCUGUCAACUGUUCCUGUGAUGUUCAGUUACUGGGCAAAGCCUCAUGACACAUUGGAUCUCUGCGUUCUUUUAAAUGACAAUUUGGCCCAGACAGUGCGUAGCCACCCCAAGAGGUUUGUGGGCUUAGGCACACUGCCCAUGCAGGCCCCUGACCUGGCCGUGCUGGAGAUGAGGCGCUGCGUGAAGGAGCUGGGCUUCCCUGGGGUGCAGAUCGGGUCUCAUAUCAACAACUGGGACCUCAACGCUUCAGAGCUCUACCCCUUCUUUGCUGCGGCAGAGGAGCUGGGCUGCUCUAUAUUUGUCCACCCUUGGGACAUGCAGACAGAUGGGAGGAUGGCUAAGUAUUGGCUGCCCUGGCUGGUGGGCAUGCCGUCAGAGACGACCAUGGCUAUCUGCUCGAUGAUAUUUGGAGGCAUAUUUGAGAGAUUUCCCAAACUGAAAGUCUGCUUUGCUCAUGGAGGUGGCUCUUUCCCGUUCACCGUUGGCAGAAUUGAACAUGGCCACACAGUCCGCCCUGACCUGUGCGCUGUUGACAACAAGAUAAGUCCACGGAAAUACCUCGGGUCUUUCUACACCGACUCGCUGGUUCACGAUCCAGUCUCCCUGAGGCUCCUCAUUGAUGUUAUCGGAAAAGAUAAAGUGAUGCUGGGAACAGAUUAUCCAUUCCCGCUCGGUGAGCUGCAGCCUGGAUCACUCAUAGAGUCAAUGGAUGAGUUUGAUGACACAUUAAAGGAUAAAUUGCUUGCUGGAAAUGCACUGGAAUUCCUGGGACUGAAACGAGAGCAGUUUGUGUAACACAACAAAGAGAUACAACUGUCUACUUUAGUGCACAGUCUUUAUACAAAUGAUGACUUAAACUUGUGGAUUAGCUUGUGUAAUUGUGUAAUAUAACUGAUUUAUUGUUGCUCAGUAUAAUAAAGUAAUGGUUUUACUCUCA